CACCCCCAAAAGCUCCAUCCAUCUGCUUGGCGACCAGUAGAGAAUGAAUGAAAUCUGAAGGGUGGGUGGAGGAAAGGAGCGCAAUAAUAGCCUGCGAAGGGGUUGGUCAGCUCCGCGGCCCUCACAACGUCACCAAAGCUGGGGACUGUAAGGGACUAUAAAGCGCGUGGCAGCACCCGAGCCUCACUCAAUGCUCCAGCCGGUGCCCGGGAGUUCCCACCGGGGCGAACCCCGACAUCCCUGUUGGUGACAGCCCCUAACUUCUCUUCCCGACCGCCUCAUCCCGCUUGCCUGCCAGAGUCGCAAACUCCUCGGAGAAAGUGGUGCCUUUGCUCCCCAUCACCUGCUGGUUCAACGCAUUUCUUGACCAGCAAGGGGAGCGGUACCUUCUCCGCCACGCUUCCAGGGCAGGGGACAGGCGGGGGUGCUGAGGACUGCCCAGCCGCAAAGGAACCAGUAGGCAAAGAACUUCAGGGGAGUCGGCACCGACUGAGGGCGGGGGGCUGGGCAGAUCCCAGGCUGCAGACCCGCGGCGAUGGCCUCUCUGCCCUCAGCCACCAACUGGACGGUCGGCGUGGGAGGAGCGGGCGCCGACGCCGGGAACCUGAGCGCAGCGCUCGCGUCUGGGGCAACCGUGGGGGCGACUGAAGCUGAAUGGCUGCACCAGCUAGUCCAAGCCGGCGACCUCUCCUCCUCGUCCUCCACGCUGGGAUUUCCCGCGACUUCCCCGGAGCCUUUGCAGCCCCGGGCCAACCUCACCAACCAGUUCGUGCAGCCGUCCUGGCGCAUCGCGCUCUGGUCCCUAGCGUAUGGCGUGGUGGUGGCCGUGGCGGUCUUAGGGAAUCUCAUCGUCAUCUGGAUCAUCCUGGCCCACAAGCGCAUGAGGACCGUCACCAACUACUUCCUCGUGAACCUGGCUUUCUCCGACGCCUCCAUGGCCGCCUUCAACACCUUGGUCAACUUCAUCUAUGCGCUUCACAGCGAGUGGUACUUCGGCGCCAACUACUGUCGCUUCCAGAAUUUCUUUCCUAUCACGGCGGUGUUCGCCAGCAUCUACUCGAUGACGGCCAUUGCUGUGGACAGGUAUAUGGCCAUUAUUGAUCCCUUGAAACCCAGAUUGUCUGCCACAGCAACCAAGAUUGUCAUCGGAAGUAUUUGGAUUCUAGCAUUUCUACUUGCCUUCCCUCAAUGUCUUUACUCCAAAACAAAAGUCAUGCCUGGCCGUACUCUUUGCUACGUGCAAUGGCCAGAAGGUCCCAAGCAACAUUUCACUUACCAUAUUAUUGUCAUUAUACUGGUGUACUGUUUCCCAUUGCUUGUCAUGGGCAUCACAUAUACCAUUGUUGGAAUCACUCUUUGGGGAGGAGAAAUCCCAGGAGACACCUGUGACAAGUAUCAUGAGCAGCUAAAGGCUAAAAGAAAGGUUGUAAAAAUGAUGAUUAUUGUCGUGGUGAUAUUUGCCAUCUGCUGGCUGCCCUAUCAUAUUUACUUCAUCCUCACUGCAGUCUAUCAACAACUAAAUAGGUGGAAAUACAUCCAGCAGGUCUACCUGGCUAGUUUUUGGCUGGCAAUGAGCUCAACCAUGUACAACCCCAUCAUCUACUGCUGUCUGAAUAAGAGAUUUAGAGCUGGCUUCAAGAGAGCAUUUCGCUGGUGUCCUUUCAUCAAAGUGUCAAGUUAUGAUGAGCUGGAGCUCAAGACCACCAGAUUUCACCCAACUCGGCAAAGCAGCCUGUACACUGUGACCAGAAUGGAGUCCAUGACAGUGGUGUUUGACCCCAGUGACUCCGACAAGGCCAAAUCCAGUCGGAAGAAGAGAGCAACUCCAAGAGACCCCAGCUUCACUGACUGCUCCCGCAGGAAUUCCAAAUCUGCCUCCACCACUUCAAGUUUCAUAAGCUCACCCUUUACCUCCGUGGAUGAGUGUUCCUAAAUCUAUUUCCUGAGGGGAAAUAGAAGUGUGAGGCCACCACAGUGCCAGCAGGGCCCCCUUUCUUCUAACAGUGUGUCAGUCCUAUCCUACAUACUCUCCAGAAAUGGAAGGGCAAUUUUUGGCAGCUAUAGUCCAACUGAGAAAAAGUAGUUUAUCAAUAUAACAAAGAUACUAUUAGAAUAUUUGCCUCCCUCAAAAAUAACAUGAGUUUUAAAUUUAUUCUUUGAAAACUCUAAAUUAUAAUAUGUAACAAACAAAAAUAUAUCUGAAAAAUAUUUGUAAAGUGUUUCAUUUUUCUCAUUUAAAAAUUGCAGUAUACAUUUGUGACACUAAAACAACAUAUGAUUUUCUGAAAAGAUUAAAGAAGCUUUAAAAACAAAGUUAUGAGUGAUGAAAAGCAAAACGGGUAUAAAAUGAAACAACUUCAUCUACAGCUAUAAAACAAAAUUAAAAAAGCUAAAUGUUGAAUUUUCCCACUAGAAUGAUGAAAAAAGAACCUCAAAGAGUAGAAACUCAUUUUGUAGAAUUUAAAAUUUUUAGUUUAAAAAAUUUAUUUAAAAAUUUUCUCCUUGAAAUGUAACUAAAAAGGAAAUCUAGUCAAAUUAUUAAGCAGUUGUACAUCAUUCUCUUUUUUUUUUUCUGAAAAAGUGGCUUCAAAAGAAAAAUAAUUAUAAUCAUUUACUUUUUGACCAUUACACACUUUAAAGUGACAAGCUAAGAAAUAGUCAAGGUUGGACCUUAAAAAGACAAAGCAAAUUCCUAUGAGCCUCUUUAUUUUAUUUUUUCUAAGUAUUUUAAAUUAUUUUUAAAUAGGUAGAGUAUAAAACACUUCUAAUGACAGAAUCUCAUUUGUCUCUAAAACUGGUUACAAUAUUUAUGGAAGAAUUAAAGAUAGUAAUUCAUAACUAUGAUGGCAGACAGGACCAUCUACCAGCUCCAAAGGAAGAUGUGUUUCUCCUCCAUAAUCUAAGGUGGGCAUCAACUUUAUCAAUUGUAUAGAGACAUUUUCCUCUCCUCUCCCUACACUGAAGAAAAGAAAAAGGACUAGGGGAAAGUAUCAGAAAAUAUAUUUUAAGACAGUCCUUAGGAAAAAGCCUAUGCACUACCUGUAUGUGCUAAUAUACAUAUAGAUAAAUCAGGCAAAAUGUAGAAAGAUGAAUCAACUAUUACAAUAGAAAUCUGUACAAUCAUUUGGAUACGUAUGAACAAAUAUCAGACAAACAAGAAUAUAAUACACACCUUCCCACAGAAAGAGCUUCCCUUUUGUCUGCUUGGAUAUCUCAGAAAGAAAUAAACUAAUGGUCCUAAGGAAGCAUCUGUUUUACUACAAGAAAAAAUAUAUGACACAUUUCUGAAAGCCACAAUAAAACAAGGUACACCAUUAAGUUAGAAUUUAUCUUCUAGACAUCAGUGCUUAAAAAUAUCUUUCCUUGAAUUAGAGAUACUGUCAAUCCUGCUUAAGAAGCAGAAAUCUUCUGAGAAUGUGGAUGUAUAGUACAAACUUCUCCUUUACAAUAUCCAGUUAGAUUUUUCAAGCUAUCCAGUUAAAAUAAUUACCUGUAACACUUUACAGGAUUGUUAUGCCUCCCUCAAUAUAGAACCGACUACUAUUUUUUGAAGAACGAGGUCUAAAAGCAAUUACUCAAGAGCAAAUCAUGGUCUAUUGCUGCCAAGAUAUUAAAUUUUCCAACCCUCUAUUUUGGACACAAAGCCAUAAAUAUCUAAUUGUUACAAAGCUAAAAGUCUAAACAAUCUCACCAUAUGUGUUUAAGCUGAAUUUCUUCUGAUUACAACAAUAGACACAUACAUACACACAUAUUCAAGUAUGCAGGCAUGUGCAAUCAUUUUAAUGUCUGUAACAAAUUCAAAGAAUUAAAUUCAAAAUUGAAUACUGAAAUAGUAAGUGAUCAUUACAGAGUUGCCAGAAAUAGCUCAAUAAAGUCUAUGAAGUUUGUGUGCAUGCUUUAGAUAAGCAAAUCUAUUAGUAUUUAAUCGUUGAAUACAAUGUUUUUAAAUGUUCAUUCCAAAAAAUGUAAAUGCUUAUUAUACAAUGUGAAAGUGUCAAGAAAACGCCUAAUAUUUUAGAGCAAACAUCAUCUUCUCAAAUUUAUUAAUGAUUAUGAGACUAGCAUUAACAAGUGUUCUAAGUACCUGGGACUAUAUUUCAGCUGCAGAAUGUAAAUGUGAAGUUUGGCCCUCAGAUUUGAUGUAGUCAGCUACCACCAAAUAAAUCUGAAAAACAACUCCUGGCCUUCACACAUGUUAGGGAAAUUCAGUAUACAUAAUUUGCAAAGACAGCAAAGGAAAAAUAUAGCUCCAAUCAGCUGUUUUGUUUGUUUUCUUUUCCUCUUUUUUUUUUUUGUAGAUUUGUUGUUGUUUUGCUUAUGGAAUAUCAUCAUUCUAGCAUGACAGAAAUACCUGAGGUCCAAAAAGUAUCUUUUUAAUACUCUUUAGAGAAAACUGACAUUAUUCACUGAAUUCUCAUGACUCUUAAACCAAGACUUAAAAACAAUGUUUUAAGUUUAAAAUUUGAAAACUAAUAAUAAAAAUAAAUGAAUACAAUAUGAAAAAGAUAUGAUUUUAUUCCUUUUGUGUGAAUUUUGUCACUGAGAAUUACAGAAUAAUACACAUGGAAAUCAGCUUCAGUAGGAGUCAUUUUAAAUAAAGCAAUCCCAGUGUUUUCAUGUUUGUUAGGGUUUGAAAGAAUUUGUGUCCAAAAUUCACCCACCCUAUAAUAUUAAGGUUCACUGUGAAACUUUGUCAUUGUUUGCAGGCAAACACUGGCUAGAAAUAUGAGGCAGAUGGUUAAAAUGCUGUAGGUUUUUUGGAUUUAGAUCCGCAGAAGAAAAAUACAAACUAUUUUGAGAGAAAUCUGAAAGAAUCAAAAAGCCUUGCAUCAUUUUAAAUAUACUCUUUCUGAAAGAUAAAAAUAAAUAAAUAGUAAACAUUGCAAACUAUGGACAAAAUGAUUUUGAAAUUACUUUCAUGGCAAGAAACGAAAGCAAACAUAAUUGUUCUAGAAUCCAAUCCAAUCUUCUAUUUUAUUAGCUACCUCAGUAUGAUGCUGCAUUAUUCUAUCUCCCAACUUCAUGACAGUGACAUUUCUGACCCAGCAGCCAAUUCCUAUUCCCUUCCAGAUCUUGCCAACCUCUUAUAAACAGAGCUCUUACCAACUUCAGAGUGAACUCCACCCUUACAAAGCACACAGAAGACUGCUAAGAACCUUAGUAUCAAACUUCAGAAGCACAAAAUAAACAUGAAAUGGCAGUGCUGGCCAGCUCAGAAUUUGCAUUUGAUUUUUGUGAAUGCAGAAUUUCAUCAGAAAACUUCCAAUUAGUGUCUAGUAAAUUAUUCCAUCAAAUACAGAGGCAGGAGAAUUACAAUUUCUCACUCAUUUCACAGGAACAGUUUUAGUUCCCCCUCGUUGAUAGUGAACCAAAAAUUAAGAAACUCAAGUAUAACACUGGCCAUGUAGAAUAAAAAGGUUGUAAUAAUUUCCCUAAGGGCAAAGCAGGAAUUUAGAAUAAAGUCCAAUAGUUCUGUACAAGGUCAGUAAUUGUGUUGUAAAAGAGCUUGGUGAAAAUUCUGUGUACAUAAGAAAGAAAUGUAUAUAAAGUUUGUAGCUAGUAAAUAAAGUAUUUUCAAUUUGCUGUAAUUAUGCUGAAUAGAUUCAAUAUAUUCAUAUUCUUUGUAUAUGUGGUAAUAUGUGACAGAUUUGAUUUCACCUUUUUUCUUUAAAAACAUUAAAAAUAAUA